AUGAAAAAACAACGCUCACAAAUGAGACAAAGCUGCAGAAAAUCAAAUAAAGAUAUUGUUCUUAUUGAGUUAGAUAUCAAAUGCAGUUGUCCACAAUCAGCAUCGAAUGAAAAUGCAGCAAUUCAAUUUACUCGCCGCUAUCUUCGAUGUCAAAGUUCGAUGUCUAUUCGUAUUCUUCGCUUAUUGAUUGAGAGAAUUCUAUUUUAUUCACCAACGACAAAAGUAUCUAUAUUUGAUUCAAAUGAUCGAUUAUUGAAAGAUUCAGAUCGUCUUCGUUCAUUAAAACGUAUUUACUCAUCAUCCCCGUCUUAUUGCAUUCCUAUUCGUUUUGCAUUGAUGAACAAUGUAACUUCGUUUGCUAAUUGUUCGUGUUUAUCACCGUCAAUCGAACUUAAUUCAUCAUCAUCAUCUUUGCCAACAAUAAUUCGACAAGAAAGCAUCGACAAAAUACUUUCAACAUGCUCAAUCAUUUCGCAAACACCUUCAUUGCCAUCUCGUGUAUUAUCGUUAUCUUCACAGAAUUUCUCUUAUUCUCAAAAUAAUACAUCAUCAAGAUUCAUCGAUUCUAAUCAAGACAUGCAAUUAAUUAAUCAAAGAAUAUCUGAAUUCGGGGACAUAAGCCUACCAUCAAUAAAAAGAAAGCAAUAUGAUGAACCAAAAAAAAUAAUUUCUGAAAUCUCAUUAGAUAUUCCGCUUGAUCUAACAAUUAAAAAACAUUGUAAUCUUCGCUAA